AUGUAUAAGUUAAAUUUCAGUUAUGUAAAUGAAAACGAAAAAGGAAUUCAAUUUUAUGUUGAUUUGUUAGAUUUAAUCAAUACUUUACACAAAAGUGCACAACAAUUUUCUGAUUCUCGUCAAAAGGAGCGUAAUGAUCUAAUUCAAUCUAUUCACAAACAGGAUCAACAAAGAUUAAAAGAACAAUUAGAAAUAUUGAGUAAUGCUACAAAUAGUUCAAAAGUUGGUUCAUAUGAUUCUUUGGAACAAAGAUUGGUUGAAGAAACUAGUAAAAUGUCUCUCAAUACAACUAAUGUGCUAAAGGACAAUAUUUACAAUAGUCCACCACCAUUAUUACAGCAGCAACAGCAACAGCAAAAUAGUGGUUAUGGAUUACACCAAUCCAUUCCACAACAAAUAAGUACACAAUUUCAAUAUCAACAACCACCUCAAAAAACCUUUUCAAGGCCUACAAGUUUGUAUGGUUCUACUUCUCAACCAUUGCAAACACCACAACAACAAACUCAAUCACAACAAUUAUCACAAGUGCCUCAACUACAACAGGCUCCACAA